AAACUUACCUUCGUUGGAAAACUAAAUAUUAUGAAGUACUUUUGAUUAAUCUCGGUUAUUUUAAGGACAAUGGAUAAUACCAUUGUGGAUAUAUGUAAACAGACAAAAAACAUUCCCAACGGAAUAUCAAAAUCUUUUGUACUUCACGUAUCAGAAAACUUGCAAAACACAGCAGAAUUAGACGUCAGCCAAAAAAACCUGAAAGAUGUGGAUGAGAUUACAGAGACUGCGGAUAAAAAUGAACCAGGGGAAUUAAAGGACAUUAAUGGAUUAUCAAAGUUUGAUUUUCAUUUAUCAGAAGAGUUUCAAAACAUUACAGAAAUCGACUUCAGCAAGAAAAACCUUGAAAAAAUUGAUGAGGGUACAACUUUACCUCCAUGUCUGCGCUGCUUAAAUUUGUCACACAAUAAACUUCUUGAGGUUCCAAAGAUUGUUAUGGACCAUAAAAAAUUGCAAGUAUUAGAUAUUUCUCACAAUGCAAUACAGUAUUUCAAUGAAACUCCAAGCUUCUGUCACGAAAUAGAAAAUCUCAAUAUCUCCAGCAAUGACUUAAGGUGCCCUCCACUAUGGAUAUGGUUGGAAUCUCCAAGGAACCUGUCUAGAUUAGAUAUUAGUUGUAAUAUGCAUGUAGCAGAAUUGUUAAAUGGAUAUGUCGAUGAGCUUCUGCAAUACAACACUCGGCUCACACAUGUAACAUUGUAUAAUUGUAGGUUAGGUAAGUACUUAAGAUUCCUUGGCACAUUCCCGAAUUCAAAAGACCUUGUACUCGGAACUCCGGACUGGAGCUGUUAUGCUGCAAACCACCUGCAAGAGCUACCAUGCCAAGGACUCAACAAAUGCUGUGAUAUUCAAAGACUAAUCUUAACUAAUACCCAUAUAUACACUAUCACUCCACAAAUAAACAUGUUUAAGAAUUUAAUAGAAAUAAAUUUGUCACAAAACAACCUCAACGGGUUACCAGCUGAAUUCUGCGAGUUAGAAAACCUAGAGAUCUGUAUAUUGUCAUUCAACAACAUACUGUAUGUACCUGAUAAUAUAGUCAAGUUACAAAAGUUAACCAUCCUGUGCCUAGCGGUCAAUGAACUUUGCAUGAUACCUGAGAACAUAAUGGACCUCACUAACUUAAAGGUGCUAGAUUUGUAUGACAACAAUAUAUGGGAGUACCCUGAAGAUAUUAGGAACAUACCAGAGCUUGAUUUGGCACAAAACUACUUUGAAGAGCCUGAUGAUAAUGAUUAUUUAGAAAAGAGAGGUAAAUUGAGACUUCAUAACUCUGAUCGAUUGAACGGGAGAAAAUUCGAAAUGGAACAUGCUGAGAGUGAACAUUCUCCAGACACAACUGAUGAUGAAGAACUAAUCAAAAGCUUAAAUGAAAAAAGUAGCUCAAAUGGAGAACCAAGAAAUGCGCCACCAAGCUCUCCCGAAGAUUGGGACUCUGAUUCCUACUGGGAACCAUACAACAUGGUAUACCAGCGCCCAAAAGGCAAGCCGUACUGGAUAUCCUUCGUGCAGAAAGCCAUGGACAACGGUAACCUGUGCCCUUCAGACCACCACACGGCGCCUGUGAUGUGCCGUCCGACGCAGGAGUAUGAGUCUGAUGGGCAGUUUGAUGAUUAUUCUGAGGAUGAUAGUUGAUCUUUUCACUAUGGGCCUUAUUUCAC